GAUUGACCCUUCAGAAUGUAAAAUCACGUUCCUAUUUCUACGGAAGCCGCUACAAUGCCCCGCGAUGUAUUUCCAUUAUUUGCCAGACUUCCUGCAGAACUACGUCGGAUGAUUUGGAUGGAAUGUCUUCCCGCGCGAAUCUUUGAGUAUGAUGCACCAGAGGGUUGGGCUGUUCCAAUAUCCACGGUUUGUGACCUGGGAUGGACGACGUGUCAGAACUGGAAACCUCCUGUAUUAACCCGGAUCUGUCAUGAAUCACGCUCCAUCGCAUAUGAGUCCGGUCUUUUUGGAACGCUAGGAGAUGAGCCUGUCCAAUUAAUUGAUGUGGCCGAUACCAAGAGCAUUGCUAGGUUUCGUGACCUCUGGGCUUCAAUCUCCCCUAUGGAUCCGGAACCGUUGUCAUUUUUCAAUGAGCAAGAGCCAUUCCAAGAUAGGCUCCAGCAAUGGUGUAAGGAAAUGGAAACGCUAUGGGUACUUAAUUGCUGGUAUCGCGCCUGGCGGAACCGUUGGGAAGGUGUCGUACGCCCAGAGGAUAUAUGGUUAGGACCUAGGGUUAACGAUGCUGGAGAGUCACUUGAUAUGUUGUCUCCUAGGGGACUUGCGGCUCCAGGGACCCCAUACUAUACUUGUGGGAUGGAUACCAACCGUUUCGCUCCGAAUAAGUCCCAUCCCUUUGUCCGCAAGGUUCUGGAUAAAAUGCCCCAGUUUCAGCCCCGAGUUAUGUUUCGACACUGUGCUCUUAAUUGCCACAAGCCCUCAGCGAGAUUAACUCGGACAAUAAAAGGGAAACGACGAUUCACGAGGUGA